CUUGCACGGCGCGCCCCAGACGUUCCGAUGAUGUUUGCAUCGAGUAUUCACGCGGAAUUUGUAGUUUUUAUCCCCACUCUAUGAUACUGCGACGUAUCCUCGAGAAUUUACCCGAUUAUUAAUCGACUCGCCACCUCCGUUCAUGUUCGAUUCAAUUGUCCAUUAAAAAUCGCAAUAUUUUUUAGUACGCCCCUUUAACAUUUGUGAAUCUGUGCCUCCGAAGUAUUUCCCAAAUGUUGCCGUGUGCGGGGAUAAUCAGAUUAAUUUAAUAGUGUCGUGAACGACGCUGGGAUUGAAUUACCCUGUCGUGUUGAGUUGACAUUGCGUGGAAAUGUGGAAGAGGUGGUUCAACACAGAUUCGAUUUACAGGCUGAGUAUGUCAAGAAGGAAAAACGUGCAGGGAAGGGCUGAAAGACAAUUCGACAACGUGGAUUACACGCAGCUCACCGAAACCGAUAAUGGUUUCGUGGAUUCGCAGUUUGUAACUCCUCCAGUGAAGAUUCCAUGGAAGGCCAUUGGUUUAGCAGCCCUUCUUUUUGUUGGAGGCACAGUUAUGCUUAUCAUAGGCAGUCUAAUUGUCAGUGGCCACAUUGAUUCUAAGUACAAGGAUCGAAUGUGGCCGAUGAUAAUCUUGGGUGCCUUAAUGUUCAUCCCUGGUGCCUAUCACGUUCGAGUAGCCCUAAUGGCAUACAGCAAAGUUCCUGGUUAUUCAUUCGACGAUAUUCCAGAAUUUGAUUGAGACUUGAACGAUGAAAGGGAGAGAAUAUAAUUUUGCCACUCGGUUGAUUAAUCAUAAGGAUAUUGAUUGUAAAUAAGUGAUGCCACAACGUGCUUUUUCAUCUCUACGCAGGAAGAAAUAGUCACUACAAAGAAGAAGCAUUUCAAUAGAUUGAACACAAGUAUUACUUCUCAUAUUUCUGAUCGUUUUUUUACGCAGUACCUACUAUGAUUCAAUUUUUCUGACUUCCUCUGCAUCGUCUUUCACUAUUUUUCUUAUUAUUAUUACUAUUGAAGAUAAAGUGUGUAAUGGGGAAUAUGUAUGGGAGCAGGAUUAAACUGUGAUAUCAAAGUGCAA